AUGUUUAAUCCACCACGCUCGACCAGAAACAACAAAACGCCUUCGUUUCCCGAGGAAAUGAAUCCCCUCAUGGAUCUGAUCAAUGCUAAGGAACUUACUGCAAAAAGCAGACUGGAUGAGUUCCGUCUGUUCUUUGACUUCAAGCAUGAAUUCUGGAACAAGUUCCACAAAAAGCUUAAGGAUCACGUCUCGCUCUCUUCGUCCUGGGCAGCUAUGCAAGACAACGAGUCACAGCGGAAGAUGGUUGCCGAGAGCUUCAUUGAUGAGGUCGGCUACGAGUAUUGGGGUCGAAAGCACGCAGAACGGUACCUGCUUGAAGCACAUAUUCAGGCGGGUCAUAUUUGUGUCUAUCCAAGAGACAGAAAACCCGCUCUCGUUCCUGCUCGAGAAGGAUGCCAAAAACCGGCGGGAGUUAAUCUCGCAGGAGGUAAGCUUCCCGAAUUUGAGGGUCUAGUUUCCUACCGGUUGCAUUCCGGGUGGCUUGAUACUGACAAACCCCAGGUGUCGAAAACCCCGUCUCCGUCAAGCAGCAUGAUAUCCGAGCCACCCUCAUCCGAAUGUGGGACUAUUGCGGUGGCCAAGAAGAGCAACCCGCUAUCGACUCCUAAGUCCAAGUCUUCCAAGACCAAGAGUCCCACGGCUCCCAAGACCAAGCGAAGUCAGAGUUUGGUACUUACAGGCAAGUCUCCAAAGGAUGCAGCCCAAUUCACCCCCACCCCCUUGACUCGAGGGCGUUGUGCAAUGCCUGGAACGGCGCUCGUGGCCUCGACCACCGCGGCCCGAGGCGCUCCAAGUGGGCACAGCACUCAGCCUUCCCGGCGAGAAAGCCUGCAGAAGUCGGAGAACUUGUUCACUCGUUCCAUAAGUACUGCCCCCAACACCCUGGCGACCUACUUUCUGGUUCGAGAAGAUCGAAGCCGACGGGAGCCAGUGUGUGUUCCCUUCCACAAUUUCGAGGAAUCUCAGACUACUGACGACUUCCUGGACGAAAUGGAGAAGAGGUGCCGUUUCGAGCAUGAUGGAAGCCUGCUGCAGCUGUUUGCUGAUAUUCCGCACUGCUCGUACGCAGUAGUACUGCUCCGGUGGUCGGGAGUGUCCUUCGUGAUGCGCCGUGAAACCGACGAUCUCCAGUCACUGAUGAACCGAAUCGGCUGUGCAUGGCGAGCGAAGGAGGAGGGAGAAUUGCAGGCAUUUGAGUUUGCGGUGGAGGUGACAUUGAGGAUGGAGUGA